GCGACGUUGAUGCGAUUGGCCGGUUCGCGGACAGCGGUGCGAUGCGAUUGGCAGUGGCCUUCAAGGCCCGUGCCCUGGUUGGCCUCAGACAUCGCGGAAGCGAGGAGUUAAAGAAUCUAUGCCUGUUCGGGGAGCUGUCCUGGCCCCUCGGGAGCGCCCGGAAUCGCGCUACUGGGGGCUUCCUUUUUAUACACACCACUAGUUUUCUCUCUGUGCUAUGGGAGAUGUCAGAGAAUCAAAUACGCAAAUAACACCGGAAACUCCAGGAAGAGUCCCUGUUUUGAAUCCUUUCGAAAGUCCUGGUGAUUAUUCUAAUCUCCAUGAACAAACUCUCUCCAGUCCUUCUGUUUUUAAAUCAACAAAAUUACCAACUCCAGGGAAAUUUAGAUGGUCUAUUGAUCAACUAGCUGUAAUAAAUCCUGUAGAAAUAGACCCAGAAGACAUUCAUCGUCAAGCUUUAUACUUAAGUCAUUCUCGAAUAGAUAAAGAUGUGGAAGACAAAAGACAAAAAGCCAUUGAAGAGUUUUUUACUAAAGAUGUAAUCGUACCUUCUCCUUGGACUGACCAUGAAGGGAAACAGCUUGCAGAGUAUCAUUCCAGUAAAUGCAUUAACAUAAAUAAUGAAUCUCCAGUUGGAAGGAAGCUGACCAUCCAUUCUGAGAAAAGCAAUGCUGCUUGUCAGACAUUGCUGUCUCUUCCUGUGGAUUUUAAUUUAGAAAAUGUAUUAGGUGACUAUUUUAGAGCUGAUGAAUUUGCAGAUCAAUCUCCAGGAAACCUCAGUUCUUCAUCCCUCAGAAGAAAGCUAUUUUUAGAUGGCAAUGGAAGUAUCUCUGACUCCUUACCUCCAGCUUCUCCGAGAAGCCCUCAGAGUGGUACUCGAGCAUCACUUGAGGUUUUUUAUUCAAUAGAUUUAUCCCCUGUACGGUGUAGGAGCCCUGUGCAGACUCCAAGUUCGUGUGGUAUAUGGGAUAACUACAUUUCUCAUGCGUCUCAAGGAAUUUCAAUGUAA